ACCGAUCGGCCGGAGAAACAGAUGCCCAAUAUCGACCACUACCCAUCCACUGAGCCGAACAGCCUCACAUCAUUUUUGAGGCACAUCGGCAUUGAGAGGACAUCUCCUCUUUUACUUCGUCAACAACAAAAUUGCGAAGUUAUUUUCUUUAAUUUUAAAAAGAAACACUAUUAAAGCUGCAAGUGCUUCAAGUUCAACUUCCUAAAUCAUAAGAUUGUUUAUUCACACUGAUAAAUGAUAGCAUUUUUCGUCAGCGAACUUUGAUUUAUAGCAUUAACAUCAUCCUUUGCCAGAAUAAGUGCGGUUAUUAUAUUCCUUAUUAUCGUUUUUUUAGGUUUCACAAAAGUGAAAUACUUGAACACUUUUUAUUCCUCAAUCGUCGACCGGUAUUUGCAUAGAAUUCAUCAUUCGACUGCUUGUAUCUCAUUUUAGUCAACGUUUACGACAUUUCACCUUUAAUUCGACAGGACAUGAACCAUCGCUAAAAAGGGGUAAAAGAACAUUUCUACCACUGACCUGGCGUCCGAGUCAAUUCACUCCUCGCAAUUCCUCCGCCGUUGGGCUUCGGCGCCACGAAGCGGCAACAACAUCCAGAACGCCGUAGAAAACUAGCAAUUAAAUCACCUAAACUAAACGCCAAGCUAGCGAGAAUUCGUCGCCAAGGUACCGGGAAGUCUGCCGUUCACUCGCAACCAUGCCUCGUGCCUUUCUCAUCAAACACAAGCGAGCUCGAGUGGAUAACAUUGCAGAUGAGUUGCUAGCUCGUCAUGAAAUGGGUCAUGGAGAUGGUGAGGACAUACGUAUGAGAGGUUCGGAGCGAGGACUUUCUCCGUCACGGUUUGGUCAACACAUCUGCACAAAAGGUCUUUCAAAGCGCGAACUCAAUGCUGUUGAGAUGGACAUGGAAGCACGAGGCUUGAUGAAUUUUCACCCCGCUUACACACUGGCUCCUGGUAUGUACCCUCCUCCUCCUCCACUCCUCCGCAUGUCCACUGGUUCAGCUUUUGAGAAGGUUCAUCCUGGUGCCCCCAUGCCAGAAAACCUCGGAGUUGGGUUUGGCCCUCUAGCUGGAAGCGUAGACCCACAGCGGUUGGUCCUUAACCCAUGGCUGGCUGGAUACCCCGAACUCGCGGGCCAUAAUAUCCUCCGCGAUCGCCUCUUGAACCAUCCCGCUUCAGCGUACCUCAUUGCAGAUCCCAAACGCGGAUUGUACCAAAUGCCACAUGGAGCUUUUCUGUCAAAGCCUUUAGAUGAACCUCUGGAUUUGAAGGUUCGUGGACCAUCUCGAGAAGGGCAUGAAGAUGAGAAGCGGGAGUUAACCAGAAUGUCUAAGGACUAUCAUCCAGAAGACGUUCUAUCCUUUAAGAAACGCUCUCUAGGAGGGCCAGUUAGACUACCUGUCGGGACAGAACCCGAUGACUAUCCACGAUAUCCUCCGAUGUCAUCAGCUAUUCACCCAUCGUCCUACCCGUUCUUCGGUAUUCCAUAUGGUCAUCUCUUGGCUCAAAAGUACCCUGGUGGCUUUGGCCUAAGACCAGUUGAGCGUAAUCAAUAUUUGGGUCAGCGGGGACCAAAAAGGAUGGAAAUGUCGCCACCAAUGGCAUCCCAUGCAUCACCACAGCCUGACUUGGACCAACCGCCAAUAUGCAGUGUGAAGCCCAUCUUUAAUGAACAAGACGAAAGCAGCAACUCCCCAUCACCACUCUCGAAUGCAUACCUAAGUCCGACUAUCCUAAAUCAGCCACGUUACGCCCUCUCUCAGGAGAGCAUUGAUGAUGACGACAGUGACAAUCAGUCACCCUCACCGGUCGGUGGGAAGCGUCUCACAAGGCAACCCAUUCUGGGCGUGGAGUACAUCCAAAAUGGCAUUGACAACGAACUUCGGCAUGACUUGGACAGCUCCCAGGAAGCAGAACAACAACACCUAUCACAAGACCCCGAAGAACAGUAUCUUCUGCAGGAUGAACCAAACCCAAUCCCGGAGACGGAUGCAAAGACUGGAUGCCAGCCCAACGUGGAUGAGAAAAUUAACCUUCCCAUGAUUCCAAAGUUCAAGGGAGAGACCAAGGGUCGAAGGUCAAACAGUGCAAAGACACCACAACCCCGGAAGUACAUGUGUGACGUUUGUGGCAAGGGAUUCAGCAGAAGCAAUACAUUAGUCACACACAAGCGUAUCCAUACGGGAGACAAGCCGUUUUCCUGUGAGCUGUGCGGGAGAGCAUUCCGUCAGCCCGGGAACCUCACCCGUCAUCGACUCACUCACACCACGGUCAAGCCCUACGUAUGCUCGCAGUGUGGAAAGGCCUUCAACCGAGCAUCGAACCUUCACACUCACAUGAGGACCCAUACCAACUACAAACCAUUCGUUUGUCAGUACUGCGGCAAGGGAUUCCAUCAGAAGAUUGAUAUGAAGAUACACUCCUAUACACACACCGGUGAAAAACCGCACAAGUGCAAGAAAUGUGGGCGUGGCUUCAAGCAACUGACCCACUUGACCUACCAUAUGCGCACGCAUUCGGAGGUCAAGAUGUAUACAUGCGCCUACUGUGGGAAGGGGUUCAACCAGAAAGGCAAUCUACAGGCACACAUCUACCGUCAUACCGGCGAACGUCCCUACCGCUGCGAAGUUUGCGACAAGGGUUUCACGCUGGCGAGUACGCUGAAUACUCACCGACGCACACACGCAGAGAAGAAACCGUUCGCCUGCCAGUACUGCGGUAAAGAUUUCUACCAACGCAACGCCUUGAAAAGUCACCUACUAGCAUCUCAUCCGUACUCAGGGGGAGAAAGUCUGUUAUAAACACACUCCAAUGGAAUACAAACGAUUUAUAGAUGGAUUAAGAUAUAAUAAAUUUGUAAACAUGUAAAUCAUAGGUUUGUCAGACUGCCAGGAUGAAUUGCCAGUCGGGCUUAAACUGCUUUCCUAAGUUUCAAUUUUUUCUUCUUCAAUUUUUAACUCAUUUUUUUCCUUCAAUUUUCAAUUAAUUUUGUUGUCAAUUGUCAGACGCAGACUAUAGGGAUAUUUAAAACUCUCUUUUAAAGAAUAAGAAAAGAUUGUAAAUGUCUAUCUUUCCAGGUAGUCAGAAGUUUUAUAUAUUUUUUAAGCAAAUAGAACAUAGGAGCAAAACAUGUUUCAACGAAUUAUCUACUUGAUUUUGAAUAAUUGCAUGAACAUCAAAUAACAAGAAAUUACAAAAACUGUACAUUCAAUAAUCAUGAAUUGCAAUCAAUAUUGCACUUAUCAAGGGCAAUGCUUCGAAAGCAAAGAUAAGAAAACAUACCGUACAUCAGGUAAACAUAUAUUUCAUUCAUUUUUAUUCAAAGUAACAUAUUAGGAAUAAGCUAUUUCAGUUCAUAACUGGAGAAAACAUAAAUAUCAAAACUUAUUCAAUGUCAACAGUACUAACGAUUGUUCUGUUCAUCAAUUUUGUCAGUUAUUGAAAUAUUUUCAAAUCCUAUUGGGUAUUUUCAUAUCCUAUUGGGUAUUACGAGUUAUUAGAUCAAUUACCUUUUAGUGGAAUAUUACAUUCUUACUUUUAUUACUUGGGAUGAUUAUUUAUUUAUACUUUACAUUUUGAUUUUAAAUUGGCAUGCUUAUCUUCUGUUUCAUAUCGUUACGUACUUUAACUCGUACAUUUACUUGUGCCAUUUAACCAAAAUAACUCGCGUAUUAAUGUCGAUUAUAUAUUUUUCUGUUAGUGUAACGAACCGUGUUUGAAGUCUUAUGUAAAUGUGCAAUAUAUUUGUUGUCAUAUCAGUAUUUAACAAAGUCAUUUUUUAAGCUAACCUUGAGUUAACGAUAUCAUAUAGCUAACAUGUAAAUAUUUAUAUUAAAUGCACAACUAGAAAUGUUACAUUGAAUUCAUAUGAACUAUUGAAAACAAAGACAAUAAAAAAAAAUCAUAUUGAAGAGCUAUAUCUCAGCCGUUGUCCGAUGUCUAACAGGAAAUAGGACUAUGUCCGGCAAAAAAAAGAUUUUGUGGAUUUUGUAGGUCUGGAAGGGCACCGGUGGUUUAUUAAGUACCUCGUUCAGCGACGGAAAACUUAAUUGUGCAUGUGGUAUACGUUAGGAAAACAUAUUUGAAAAGGAAUCGUAUUUGAAGCUGUAGAAAUCAAAUAGUUCAUACUCACAAUGUACAAUAUGGAGAGCUUAAAAGACUAUAAUAUUGUAUAACAGGUAAUUCACAUCUCGAGAUAUCUCCAGUGCGUUUAAAUACAGCUCUUUGGCAAAUUCUAUCAAUAAAUCAUGCUUUCUGUCACACAUUAAAUAUGACAUGUACACACAAACAAAA